AAUGGCCGCCCGAAAAUGUCACUGAGGAGAAUAACUGCUAUGGCUAUCUUGGUGGUCAAAAAGGGUUGAAUGAUGAAAACGAGCAGGGAAUAGUACAAAUCCAAGAUCCUGAAGAUGUGCUAGGAUUUAUACGAACAAUGAUUCAUAAACUACACUUCCUAAUCGAGAUGACGUAUCUAGUCGAAUGGAGACAAGAUGAUGAGAUCGUUUUAAAGACUUUACAGGUGUUGCUGAAACUGCCAAUCUUGGCUCGAAACACGAUAACUGAUGCUAAAAUUGAAGAGAAAUGGAAAUGUUCAAGCAAAGAUCUUCAAGGAUGA